UUCUUUAUAUUAUUUAGAAUAUUUUUCAUCCAUUGUUCCUGUUCUCUCGUCUCUUCCUCCUCUCUCGAUCCCGUCUUCCUGUCAGACGGUCCGGGGCCUCUGUUGCUGCUGCUGCUGCAGCAGACCGGCAGCAGAGCGGUGCCCAUAGCAGCUCCUGCUGGCAUUUGCGAAAGCGCUUGGCCCUGUCCCCGCUGUGCCCGACCGCGGGCAUACGCGCCUGGCAGUGCGGCUCAAUUUGUCCGCCUGCGCGCUGUAAGACACUGCUCGGCCAUGCAUUGUUCUGACAGGCUUUGUGCAGGGGGAAUGAGCGUUGCCUGUGUGUUGAAGAGGAAAGCUGUGCUCUGGCAAGACUCUUUCAGCCCCCACCUGAAACAGCCCCCCCUCGACGCCAGCCUUCCCAGCAUGCCCGUGGUGCUGACAGCAGGAUCGGGCGCCCCCCAGGUGGGCCACGCCCCACAGUCCGCCCCACCUGGCCAGGCAGGAGGGGCGGGGCGUUCCCAGGACGACGCCAUGGUGGACUACUUCUUCCAGCGUCAGCAUGGGGAGCAGCUGUGUGGGAAACAGCGCUGGCCCACCGGCGACCACACCCACUCCGACAGCCAGGUGCGGUCAAUGGAUGAGCUGAACCAUGACUUCCAGGCACUGGCACUAGAGGGGAGAGCCAUGGGGGAGCAGCUGUUGCCAGGGAAGAAGUACUGGGAGGUGGACGAUUCGGCGAAAGAUGGACCAAAAGGCAUCUUCCUGGACCAAUGGCGGGACAGCGCCUGGGGGGCGUCAGAUCACUCUGUGUCGCAGCCCAUCAUGGUACAGCGGCGGGCGGGGCAGGGUUUCCAUGGCAGCAACGAGGUGGGGGCGGUGCUGUCUCCGCGGUCGGAGAGCGGGGGGCUGGGCGUCAGCAUGGUGGAGUACGUCCUGAGCUCCUCCCCCGCGGAAAAGCUGCACUCCUGCCUGCGCAAGGGGGCCUUCGGUUCGCGGGAUGGGGAGGGGGAAGGGGAGGAGAAACGGGAUAAAAAGGCCAAAUCCUCCUUUGACUCCGAGACACUCAGCGAGCUGAAGGAUGCCGAGAGUGAUGUCAUCGACAAACCCAACGGACUUCCUGUGCAGAAUGGAAUCGAUGUGGAUGUCAAGGACUUCAGUCGCACCCCUGGAAACUGUCCUGUGCCGGGAGCAGAGGUGGACCUGCUGGGGGCGGGGCAGGGCGGGGCUGAGAGCCUAUCCCAGCUGGCCAGCAGCAGUGGACCCAAGCCAAUAGAGGAUUUUGGAGGGGUGGAGUCGCAGAGCAUGCCCCUGGACCACAUGGAGUCGGUGGGGAUGGAGCCCCUGCAGUUCGACUACUCCGGAAACCAGCUGCCCAUGGACUCCACCGCCGCUGUCGGCCUCUUUGACUACAACUCCCAGCAGCAGCUCUUCCAGAGGCCCAGUGCACUGGCUCUUCAGCAGCAGUACACCCUGGCAGCUGCUCAGCAACAGCACAUUGGCCUGGCCCCGGCCGCGUUCAUGCCGAACCCUUACAUCAUCAGCACCGCCCCGCCCGGAACAGACCCCUACGCUGCUGGCCUGGCCGCCGCCGCCACUCUGGGCCCGGCUGUAGUGCCCCAUCAGUACUACGGCGUGACUCCCUGGGGGGUGUACCCCGCAAACCUCUUCCAGCAGCAGGCCGCUGCUGCAGCCGCCGCCUCCAGCUCAGCCAAUCAGCAGGCGGCAGGCCAGAACCAGCAGAGCCAGCAGCAGGUACUGCGUGCAGGAAGUAACCAGCGACCUUUGACCCCGAACCAGAGCCAGCAGGGCCAGCAGACGGAGCAGCUGGUUGCCGCGGCGGCUGUGAACUCUGCGCUGGCGUUUGGGCAGGGCCUGGCUGCUGGGGUCCCUGGGUAUCCGGUGCUGGCUCCCGCUGCCUACUACGACCAGACGGGGGCGCUAGUGGUGAACACAGGAGCACGCAGCGGACCUGUCAGGCUCAUGGCCCCCGCUCCUGUCAUCAUCAGCCCCUCCGCCGCACAAGCAGCAGUAGCAGCAGCAGCUUCUGCGAAUGGGCCGGGUGGGGGCAUGGGUGGGGGCAUGGGGCCGGGUGGGGGUAUGGGGGCGGGAGGGGGCAUGGGUGCAGGGGGCAGUGGGCCAUUUCGGGCUCUGGGGUCCCAGCAGCAGCAGCCGAGCAGUCUGGCCUCCAGCUCCUUCUACGGCUCGCAGGCCCCGCCCAGCCCGCCAGCCCGCAGCUCCCAGGCCCCCAGUACCACCCUGGGGGGGGCUUACAGGGGCCUACACCAGCCCUCCACCCUGAUCCACGCACAGGUACCACACACCGCGAUCAUCACGCCCCAUGACACACCACACACACGAUCACACGCACAUGGACACACACACACACGAUCACACACGCACAUGGACACACAUGCACACACACACACGAUCACACACGCACAUGGACACACAUGCGCACACACACACACGCACGUGGACACACAUGCACACACGCACACACGAUCACACGCACAUGGACACACACACACACGAUCACACACGCACAUGGACACACAUGCACACACACACACACACACACGCACAUGGACACACAUGCACACACACACACACACGAUCACACACGCACAUGGACACACAUGCACACACAAACACACUCAGUUUGCUCUCUGUCUCCCCCCAGUGGCGAGCUCCAGUACAGGAGGAGGGUCUCGGCGGGACUCUCUGACAGGCGGGUCAGAGCUCUACAAACGCGCCCCCAGCAGCCUCACUCCCAUUGGCCACGGCUUCUACAAUGGGCUGGGCUUCUCCUCCCCCGGGCCAAUCGGCAUGCCCCUCCCCAACCAGCCCCCAAGCCACUCCCUAACCCCGCCCCCUUCCCUCUCCACCCACGGGUCCUCUUCCAGCAUCAACCUGGGAGGCCUGACCAAUGGGAGCGGGCGGUACGUCUCGGCGGCGCCGGGGGCGGAGGCGAAGUUCCGGAACGCGGGCGGCAGCUCCAGCCUGUUCAGCCCCAGCAGCCAGCUCUUCCCGUCGUCACGGCUACGCUACGGCAUGUCGGACGUGAUGCCGUCCGGUCGCAGCCGGCUGCUGGAGGACUUCCGCAACAACCGCUAUCCCAACCUGCAGCUGCGCGAGAUCGCCGGCCACAUCAUGGAGUUCUCCCAGGACCAGCACGGGUCCAGGUUUAUCCAGCUGAAGCUGGAACGGGCCAGUCCUGCAGAGAGGCAGUUGGUGUUCAGUGAGAUCCUGCAGGCAGCAUACCAGCUCAUGGUCGACGUCUUUGGGAACUACGUCAUCCAGAAGUUCUUUGAGUUUGGCAGUUUGGAUCAGAAGCUGGCUUUGGCAGAGCGUAUCAGGGGCCAUGUUCUGUCUCUGGCUCUGCAGAUGUACGGCUGCAGGGUCAUACAGAAAGCCCUGGAGUUCAUCCCCUCUGAGCAGCAGGUCAUCAGUGAGAUGGUGUGUGUGUGUGUGUGUAACUCUAGAGUGAGACAGUGUGUGUGUGUGUGUAACUCUAGAGUGGUGUGUCCGCAGGUGUUUGCUCUGUCCACACACCCGUAUGGCUGCCGGGUGAUCCAGCGAAUCCUGGAGCACUGCCUCCCUGAACAGACCCUGCCUAUCCUGGAGGAGCUGCACCAACACACUGAGCAGCUUGUGCAGGAUCAGUAUGGGAACUACGUUAUCCAGCACGUUCUGGAACACGGCCGCACGGAGGACAAGAGCAAGAUCGUGGCCGAGAUCCGAGGGAACGUGCUGGGCCUCAGCCAGCACAAAUUCGCCAGUAACGUGGUGGAGAAGUGUGUGACGCACUCGUCCCGCGCGGAGCGCGCCCUGCUGAUAGACGAGGUGUGCAGUCCGAACGACGGGCCCCACAGCGCCCUCUACACCAUGAUGAAGGACCAGUACGCCAACUACGUGGUGCAGAAGAUGAUCGACAUCGCUGAGCCCACACAGCGCAAGAUCGUCAUGCACAAGAUCCGGCCCCACAUCGCCACUCUGCGGAAGUACACGUACGGAAAGCACAUCCUGGCCAAGCUGGAGAAGUACUACAUGAAGAAUGGGGUGGACCUGGGGCCCCUCUGUGGGGCCCCCAAUGGCAUUCUGUAACCCCGCACCCCCGUCACGCUAAACCCCACCCCCAUCACCUGCCAGUCACCUUACACCCCACCCCCAUCACCUGCCAAUCACCUAACACCCCACCCCCAUCACCUGCCAAUUACCCGAAAUCCCACCCCAUCAC